AUGGGCAAGGUCUCACUAGACGAGGGUUCAACCAACAAGACUGGAGAGCACGCCAUCAUCCACAUGGAUGGUACACCGCCGCAAAGCCUCCGUGGCGAGCCGCCCAUGAGUAAGCGUCCCAUCACCGUUGUACCCGCAAGCGAGGACAAGAAGCUCCACGAGGCGAGCCGCAUUCGAUUCGACAAAGUCUUCAGCAUCGAGCACAAUGUGAGAGUGAAGGAAGUCGGAAAGAUAUCACCAGAUUCGAUGGCUUGGUUCUGUCAGUACUGGCGGAAUGAAGCCAUCGCGGCCGCCAACGCCGUCGCUCCAAGAUCGGGUGGCCAUGUCUGA